CUCAGGGGUUGCAGACACUGCACAGCGUCCCUGGGCCUUUUGGGGCAACACAGUCUAUCAUGGAUCACUAAAAAUCGUUUUAAACUAUGCAUUUUCUGAGAAAACUUUAGAACACACUUAUUUUAAAAGAACAAAUUGGAGAAAAGACAUAGACUGCUGUUCACAGACUCUGGUACUUGCUCACGGAAGCAGCAAUGGCAUCGGUACCUUCUGUUGGUUGCCUCCUGGCCAAAAAUCAGUAUUAUCGAAAGGCCAGUAUUUCUUCAGUUAGCUCUGACUCUGUUAAUUUCAUAGAUGAAGACAAACCCCUUCAAGGGUUACCUGAUAUGGCAGAAUCCACCUGGUGGCUUAAAUCCUUUUUUCAUUCUGAACCUGUGCUUUCAACUGAAAUAAGAAAAGAACUGUCUGCUAGUGGCACUAACUGUUGAUCCUGACAAUCAAAAUGCCUCUACCUGCUGAGCUGCUACAAACGUGAACAACACCCUUCAGCUCUCAAGUUGUUUCAGAUAACUCUUCUCCAUCGUAAAAAGACAAAAACCUGCCAGAGAUCUCAUUUAUUAGGCAAGAUCACAGCAGCCACCCAUAAAAGUUCAGGCAUUUUCUUCAAUACUAAAAUUAUUGUUGUGAGUGGCAUCAGCUUCAAAGAGAAUAUAAGAAAAGCAUGGUUUAAAAAAUAUGUGCCCCUUUAAAGCAGUUAAUCUUUAACUGUAGCAGUCUUUUCAUUAUCCAUAUUAUGUUUCUAAAAAUUUAAUUAUUUUCAAUUAAAAAAAAUUUAGACUCUCUUUAUGUUUGUUGAGUUAUUUAUUAUGCCUUAAAACGGAAGCAUUGAUACCCAAUAAAAUGGUUUAAAGGUCACUGGAUUCAAAUGUGUAGAAGAGUUGCAAAAAUUUUAUUUUUAAUCAUGAACAUUGAAAAUAGCAAACAUACCCAUAAAUACAUUACCUGUUUGAUACAUUGCUAUACAUCUAACCAACUGUUCAUUGUGUAGACUUUAAAAUUUAUAAUUUUAGCAAUAUUUAACAACACAGAAAAUUAUGAUACAAUGUUAAGUGAAAACUGUAGAAUAAUCUAUAUAUGGAUGAUUUUAGUUGUAUUAAAAUAUAUAUGCAUAAGAUUGAAAGACAAUAUAACAAAAUAGUAACGGUGGCUAUUUUUGGAGGUAGGAUUAUGGGUAGUUUUCAUUUCCUUAUUCAUAUAUUUCUAUAACUCUAAUUUUCUAAUGCAACCAAUUUUUGUGUAUAAUCAGAAAGUAAUGAAAUGUACUAAAAAAGGAGCACUGGGAUAAAUUUUCUGAAUGUGAAUAUA